AUGCUCAAACACCUCGCCACGGUCUUUGCCCUUGUGGCCUUUGUGACCGGAAGCUAUCUUGAAACGGGCACGUUUCCUUCGAUAGGAAGCCCCAUCAACCAGACAAUGAUGGUCGAUUUGCGAAUGGACGGCCGUAUCGUGGGUGGCGAGCAGACCACGAUAUACACAGCGCCUUACCAAGUGAGUUUACAGAGAUAUGGCAACCAUUACUGCGGGGGUAGCAUAAUCGGCAACAAAUGGGUGCUCACUGCCGGUCAUUGCGCUAAGUACGCUGCCGGAACGUACCAAAUACGAUCGGGCUCUACCACCAUCCAUUCCGGCGGCUCGUUGCAUAACGUCGUAGAAAUUAUUCAUCACAAAUCUUACGGCACCACCAGUGAGGGUAUCCCGCUGAACGACGUCGCCCUAUUCCGUAUCGCCGACACGUUCCAAUUCGACAGUGCACAAAAAUCAGUGAGACUAUUCGAAGGAGACCCCGCGUCUCUGGUAGGAAAGAACGCUUUGAUCACCGGCUGGGGAAGUACCAAGUCCAGAGACGCUCCAGAGGCGCUGCACAAGGUUUCCGUUCCUGUGGUCAAUACGAAGAGCUGCAACGAUGCUUAUAAAAGCAUGGGAGGCAUUCCCAAUGGUCAGAUUUGCGCCGGAUACACGCAAGGCGGCAAGGACUCCUGCCAAGGGGACUCCGGUGGCCCCAUGGUCGUUGACGACCAAUUAGUAGGCAUCGUCUCGUGGGGAAAGGGUUGUGGCGUCCGUAAUUACCCGGGAGUGUAUACGGACGUCUCCUACUACCGGCAAUGGAUCAAACAGAACAGCGGCAUCUAA